AUGGGGUCCCGCCGCCUGCUGCCGGCUCUUCUCUGCUGCCUCCUUGUGGCCCUCCUCGCCGUCGUUGCCGGCGCGCGGGUUUCUGUGGACCACGAGCGCCGCACCACCACGCACCUCCCUGCGGCACCUCUGGACCCCAACCCCAACCCCAAGUCGGUCGUAACUUGCGGAACGCAGACCGUCCGGUUCACCCUGCUCACCUCGCGCCUCGUCCGCAUGGAGUGGUCGGCGAACGGUCGCUUCCAGAACAAUGCUACGCUGGCCGUGCUCAACCGCAACCUGCCGGCCGUGGACCAUCAGGUCGACAUGCAGGGUGGUUGGUGUGUGAUCACGACGCAAUACCUGCAGCUGCAGUACUAUGCCCAGCAGCCCAGGGACUUUGACGCCACCAACCUGAUGAUCACCCUGCGCGAGCCCGUGGGCGGGCGGAUGCAAAAGUGGGUGGUCGGAACGGAACCCAAGGGCAACCUGUUGGGCACUGUACGCACGCUCGACGGGGCCAACGGAAGCGUUCCGCUGUACUGCCCGAGCAUGAACGACGGCGACCUCUCUGACAACCACUGCGCGCUGGCCAUGAUCUCGAGGGACGGGUGGGCCGUUUUGAACGAGACUGCCGCCGCGGCGUGGGACACGGACACCAACUGGCCCUGGUUCCUUCCUCCGCCGCCUGCCAGCAACGCCACUUGCUCUCUCACCACCUCGAACAAGAUCGACUGCAACCCCGGCGACGUCGGCGCGGAACUGGCGUGCGAGAAGAAAGGAUGCUGCUACCGUCCUCUGUACGCGCCGGACGGGUCUGGGAAGCUGGAGGGAGUCCCGCGGUGCUACUUCCCCGAGAACCCCGUCACGAGCUCAGACGCGUACUUCUUCGGGUACGGUCACGACUACAACGCGGCGAUGGCCGAUUUCUACACCAUCUCCGGCCGCCAGCCUCUGCUGUCGCGCUACCUCAUGGGUCCGCAAUACAGCCAGUGGCACGCGUUCAACGAACACGACGUCCGCACGCUUAUUGAGCAGGGCUUCGCUUCGUCUGGCGUGCCGUUGGACGUGAUGGUGCUCGACAUGGACUGGCACACCACUUUUUACGGUGAGACCGUCCUUUGCGCCGGUCAGAAGGUGGACGGCUGGACCGGGUACACGUGGGAGACCAACCUCUUCCCCAACCCGGCGAACUUCCUGGGCAGCAUCAAGGAGCUGUACGGUCUGCACGUCACCAACAACAUGCACCCCGCGGCUGGCGUGCAGUGCACGGAAAAGAACUAUCCUGAGAUGGCCCGCGCCAUGGGCGUUGACCCCUCGACCAACGUCAGCAUCGCCUACGCGAUCAACGACAAGAAGUAUUCGGCCAACUUCUUCGAAACGGUGCUGAAGCCCCUCGGCGGACCCGACGGCAUCGACUACUGGUGGAUCGACUGGCAGCAGGGCGAGACCCCGAUCGCGCCCGGUGUCAACCCGACCAUCUGGGUCAACUACGUCUUCUCCAGCGCCAGGAGCUGGUUCAGCCCGCAGGACAGGCCGGUGAUCAUGGCCCGCUGGGGAGGCGUGGGCAGCCACCGCUACUCCACCAUCGGAUUCUCGGGCGACGUCGUCACCUCGUGGGAGUCCCUCCGGUUCCAGCCCUACUUCGCCAGCACCGCCGCCAACGUGGGCUUCUACUGGAGCUUCGAUCUCGGCGGCUUCAACGGACAGCCCGACCCCGAACUCUUCACCCGCUGGGUCCAUGGGGCACCUUCUGCCCCAUUCUGCGCACCCACUGCAACGGCAAGAAGCGCGGCGGCGGCUACACCCGCGACAUCUGCGGCGGCGGUGGUGGUGGCAUCAAGGCUGUAUCCGUUUGACAACUUCGUGAUCAUGCGCGAGUCCUUCCUGCUUCGCUCCAAGCUGGUGCCCUACAUCUACACCGGCAACUACUGGGCCUACGAAAAGGGUCAGGCCCUUCUCCGCCCGCUCUACUACGCCUUCCCCGAAAGCGAGGAGGCGUACAACAACCCGAACCAGUACCUGUUCGGCAGCGACAUGGUCGUCGCGCCCAUCACCACGCCCAGCCAGCAGUACAACAUCUCCAGCACCAACCUGUGGAUCCCUCCGGGCAUUUGGAUCGAGUACUACAGCGGGCAGCAGUUCGUCGGCCCGGCCCAGAUCUCCCGCAACUUCCUCCUGCGCGAGGUCCCGGUCUACGUGCAGGCCGGCGCCGUCAUUCCCACCCGCUCGCCCGGUACGCGCCAGUUCGGUUCGGCCCAGGAGGUGCCCGAUAGCCUGGAGCUGGUCGUCUACCCCGGCCUGCGCCCUGGCGCCGUCAGGAACAGCACCUACUACGACGACGACGGCAUCACCAAUGCCUACACCGCCGGCGCCUACGCCCUCACCACCGUUCAGCUCAAGGCGGCCAGCAGCAAGUCGGUGGAGCUCACCAUCUUCCCGUUCGAGGGCAAGGGGUUCAGCCAGAUGCCGUCGCAGAGGAACUACCAGUUCCAGUUCGUCGGCGUGUGGCCGGCCUCGUCGGUCACGGUCAACGGCGUGGAGAUCCCCUUCCGCCCGUACUCCACGCCAUCCCGGGACUCGUGGACCUACGACGGCAGCAGCCUCUCGGUGCGGGUCAACCUGGUGACCAAGUACGCCGUCGACAAGAAGGUCGAGGUCCAGGUGCAGUUCCGCGAGGCCAUCGACUCCGGCCUGCUCAGCUUCGGGUUCAUGCGCAAGGUCUACGUCGCCCAGACCGUCAAGGAUUUCCUCGACGAUCAAUGGGGCCUUUACUACCCUGAUGAGUACACGCACCUGGUGCAGGUGGCCGGCAGCGGGCUCAACGCCACCGUUGACAACGUGUUCGACAUCCUGACCAACUUCAACGCCCUGUGGUCGAAGGCCAACCGGGAGAUCAUGGACCUCGCCGCCUCGCCCGCACAGAAGCAGGCCCUCAUCCUUCUGUCCAUGGCCUAA